CUUGAGCUCAAACCCACGAGCCAAUCAUGUAAUUAACAAAAGAAAAGAUCAAUCCAACACAAAAUGAUGAAUAGGCCCAUGCCUUGUCCCAUUAUGUUCCCUUCUCAAUUACUACAACAACACUCUUCUCCACACAAAAGAAAAAAUUGUUCCGAUAAUAUAUAUAGGAAGCACCAGAUAAAACUUACAAUCAACCAGAGCCUAACAUUUACCACCCAAAAAUCUCAAAAAGAAAAAACAAAGAGAGCAAAGCUUUGAGAUGAGAGGGCAUGAGCCACGAUCAAGCUCCUCUUGUGCAGCUUGCAAGCUCUUAAAGAGAAGAUGCACACCCACAUGCAUCUUCGCUCCUCAUUUCCGUUCAAGUGAUCAGAUAACUUUUGCCAAAGUUCAUAAAGUCUUUGGAGCCAGCAACGUCAGCAAGCUUCUCAGUGAGGUUCCUGAAGAACAGAGACAAGAAACUGUCAACUCCUUGGCUUAUGAAGCUGACGUUCGUCUCAAGGAUCCUGUUUACGGUUGUAUUGGAGCCAUAGCUUCUCUUCAGAAGAAGAUGCUUGAGCUUCAACAUGAUAUAGCCGUUGCUCGCAACCGACUACUUGCCCAUAAUGCUAGUGGUGUCAACAACAACAACAACCACGUGUUGUCUACUUUGGAUGAUUCUCCUCAGCUUGCUGCUUUUCUUGAUCUUGUUCCUUAUAGUGACUUGAUGUUGCUUGAUGGGUCUGGUCUUGAUGCUUACUUGUAUGAUAUUGGACCGCCUCCUUUUGUAUAGGCCUCUUUAUCUAUUUAUCUUCUGUAUUUGCACUUGCUUAUGAGUCAUUUUCACAAUCUAAACUCUCUAAUGUACUAUUAAUCCUAAUAUGCAAAAUCAUUUGCUUACUUCAUUAUUUGUAUAGAAACUUA